AUGUCCGUCUCCUACGAUACCGAUGCCACCCUGGAUGACGCGACCUGGGUGGCCGUCCUGUUGAGCGAACGAGACGUUGCCGGCCAGAUCCCGAUCAACUUCGUCACCAACCCCGGCGUAUCACUGUCCUCCGCGUGCUUUGGGAGCGGUCUCUACGCUCGAGAAAAUGGCGCAGAAUGCAUUUCCAAUCUUCUCGCCGUCGGCUUUCGUCGACUUGUCCUGGAUCUGUACUGGUCCGUGGAACGCCGGACAUGGACCUUCUGCCCUGUCACUAUCCCCGCCAGGGCGGACGUCAUGGUCUCGGAGGUGACGACAACUACUGAGGGUCCUUCGGCGACAUCGACAUUGACAUCAAUUAGAUCUGCUUCGACUACCACAGACGCGGAGCCAGGAACCAUCACUGGGUAUUCGGAUUCCCACGGGGAUACGGUCUAUGAACUCGGCCCGUACAGGUGCACCGAUAACUUGGACAUUGUCAGCUUAUCGGAGGUGUUGGUCGGAUACUUCGAAGACACAAAGUCCGACCUUCUCGUCUACACCAAUUUCCUCGUGUUGAAUCUCCAUGUGGCUGCCAGUGAUUCCACGCCGACAAAACCAGCCGCUGCCGUAACGGGUGCUGACUUGCCCAGAUCAAGAUCAGAGCGAGUUGGUGCAUUACUCAAUGAUUAUUUGCGCGACUACCUGUACAGCCCAGCCCAGCUUGCUGAGGACCGAAGCAACCUGAACGAAUCUUGGUAUGAAGUGGAGGAAAGCUAUAUGCCGAUCACCGAAUACUACACCAUCCACGAAGACGAAACGGGCCAGCAGAGUACGCCUGAUGGAUGGCCAUCGGCCAAAUAUAUUCAGCUCGCAAAGUCGGAUCGGAUUCUCAUUGAGUAUGGAUCGGUAGAUCCCCAGCUGGCCGACUACGACUUGACCGAGGACGAAGAUGCGAUCUUUCCUCCGGGCUAUAUGAACUCUGCGAUUAAAGUGUCUGCUACAUCAGAUGGCAAUUUGACAUCUGGCUGCGUUUACAAUCCCGAAGCAACUGCGGUAUCCCAAGCCAACACGUCCUGGGCUGUAUCCAGUCAGAUCCCCGUUCCAGAGGGACUUUCCGUGGACAGCACUAUGGGCUCAAUAACCAAUGUGAUUUCCGACAUUACAGCUUGCGGUAUAUCACCAAUGCUCAAUACUACUCUUUUUGGUAAAACUGCCGAUGACGAUGUCUCCCAUUAUCGCAACGUUUCUCUUUCAACGGGAUGGGCUUGGGCGGUUGGCGAGCCUGCCGGUGCGGCCACCGGGGGUGGUACCAGUGACCAGCCCGAAUUCAACCGCUGCGCCAUCAUGGAUCUCUCAUUGCAAGGCCACUGGCGUGCCACCAACUGCAGCGAGGAGCGCCGUGCCGCCUGCCGAGUAGGCAAUUCGCCUUUCUCUUGGGCUUUGUCGAACUACACUGUUGAAUUUGACGACGUCGGAAAUGGCUGUCCAUCCGGCUCCUCUUUUGCGGUCCCGCGCACCGGGUUGGAAAACCACUACCUCUAUGAAUACCUCCUCACUCAAGACCAAUCUGUCAUUGACCCGGCGUCAACCAACCUCUCCCGCCGCGAAGUGUACAUCAACUUCAAUUCCAUGGAUAUUACCUCCUGCUGGGUCUCUGGUGGACCGGGGGCCACCUGCCCCUAUGCGGCAAAUCCGCAACAGCUGGAACGCAAAACCGUGCUUGUUGCGGUUGUAGCUGGUAUUGUCAUCUUGAUUCUUACUGCAUUGACCAUAUUUGUCAAGUGCAAUGCCAAUCGGCGCAACUCACGGCGCCGCAAGCGUGUCAUCGAGGGCUGGGAGUACGAAGGUGUCCCCUCCUGA